AGUUGUUCCUUCCAGGAGAGGUUGUGUAUUUCUAUUGUUGGCAGGUCUUUUGCUAUGGCUCAACAAUUGCAGAGAUCGAGACUCAAGUCUGAAUCUUCCCUGAGAUCUGAGACCUGAGAUCUUCAGGUUUUUGCAGAGGUUUGAGCUCUCUGAGUUCCCUUGGCCCCGUGACCCUGUACGGAGGAUAAGCGGUUGACGAUGGAUGGAUGGAUGGAUGGAUGGAGUUCCCUUGAGUUUAAGUGGGAAUUCAGAAAAGCACUGCAAAAAACUGUGCGCUCGUCGUGCAGUAUGUUAUCCAGGAAGUCCAGUUGGAGUUUUGGAAGAGGUGAACAGCUUUCUGGAGCAGCAGUGGCUCUACCCAGAAAGAGGGGCACAUCACAUGGGAGUGCGUGACUGCGUGUGUGAGGGUGUGUGUUCAGGCCUCCUGCCGUCGCCCGCUCUUCCCAGACAGGCAUGGCGGGGGUCAGAGAGCGCGUCUCCCGGAUACAGAGGCCGUGGUCGGUGUACCGGGCCAACACAUUCGAGCUGUCCAACGAGAUGAUCGGCUUGGCUCUCGCAGGAAACAGUCAGGAUCCAGAUGAGCCUGUGCUUGAGUUCAGCGUGGCCUGCACAGACCUGCUGACUCCUGCUUUGGAUCGAAAACCCAACAGCUUUGUAGCUGUGAGCUGCACGACACCACCACAGGCCUUUUGGACCAAACACGCACAGACUGAAGUCAUAGAGGGCACCAGUAACCCCAUCUUCCUCAGCAGCAUCGCCUUCUUCCAGGAAUCCAACAUCAACCAGCAGACGCAGGUGAAACUGGCCGUCUACGACGUGAAGGACCGCUCGCAGGGCACGAUGUAUAUGUUGGGAUCAGCACUAUUUCCUGUAAAAGAGUUGUUGCAAGAGAAGAGCCACAGAUUACAGCUCGAACUGAGAUCAGCAGAGAAUGAGCGGGUUGGGGAAGUCACUAUAGCUGCCUGGCAGAUGGAGGAGAGAGCCGAUCAGAGGAUGUCGGCCAGCCGCCUGCCAGACAGCAUCAAUGGCCGGACGAUGCUGCCUGUUGAUGAGAGCCUCACGGAGUCGAUGGGAGUCAGAAUCAAAUAUGCCUCGCUAUGCAAAGACACCCUGCUUCGCUCAGUGUUUGGAGGCACGAUGUCCCGGAUGUACCGCUUCCCCACGACGGAUGGGAACCACUUACGGGUGCUGGAGCAAAUGGCAGAGAGCGUCCUCUCAUUAAACAUUCCCAGACAGUUUGUCAGACUGCUGCUGGAAGAGGAUGCAGCCAG